AUGGAGGAGGCGCAACGGAAGGCGGACGAGAUGCUGGCGGAGCUGCAGGCGGGGAGCGGGGCGGAGGAGAAGGCGGAGCGGAUGGAGGCGGCGAUGGAGUAUCUGGCGGGCCUUCCGCCCGACGUGCGCGCGACCGUGCUGCCCGACGCGCUGCCGCGCCUGUUAGAGCUUCAGGCGGACUCCACGCUCUUCUACCGCCUCGGCUCCACCAUCAAGCACCGCGACGCCGCUGCGCUCAUCGCCUCCGCGCUCACCGCCAUCAUCCGCGCCUGUCCGCCCAUGCCGCUCCCCGCGCCUUCCGCCGCCUCCGCGCCCCCCGCGCCGUCCCCUGCUACUGCUGCGGCGCUCACGCCUCUCCCCGCGCGCCUGGCCCCCGCGGCUGUGGCGACCACCAAGGUGGUCAAGCACGCCAUCUCCGCUGCUGCCGCCCUCGUCAAAGGCGCCUUCGCUGCUGUCACUCCCGUUACAGACGAGUCCCAGCCAUGGUCAGAAGCAUGGGAGCAGGUAGCAGUGCUGGUGCGGCUGAUAAGGGACCUACUGCCAGGCCAGUACCCGGACAGCGUGCGCGUGCAUGCAGUGGGCUUCACAGAGAUGCUCGUGCUGCUCGGCCGACCAGGCGGCAAAACUGCUGCUUCUUCUUCUUCAGCUGCUGCUGGUAGUGGUGGUGGUGGUAACGGCAGCAGUGGGCAGAACGGGAGCAGCGGAAGGGAUGGGGUCGAUGGCACAGACAUGGCAAACGGAGUGCUACAUCUCCCAGACCCUGACUCCGACCCGUGGCUUAAAGCCCAGUCCCUCGCCUCCCUCUCCGCGCUCACCGCUCUCCUGCAACCCCCAGUAGUAGCCUCGCUCUCCCCCCCGCUCCUCCUCACGCUCACCAGCAGCCUGGCCGGCAUCGCCCGCCGCUGCCCCGCUCUUUACAGUCACAUCGUGCCGGCUCUGGUGGGGAUUGUGCCGCCCACUGCCACGUCAGCAGUGUCGGCACCGGUGGUGGUGCCGAGUGGGGAGGAGAGUGGGUGUGGGGUGGUGCAGCAGCUGCUGCAGGCGUCGGGGAGUGUGAGGCAUGGUGUGCGGGCGGCGCUGCUUGUCAUGUUGCGGCUCAUGCCGCUCGCUCCAGGCGGGAUGAAGUGGCGGGACUGCUUGACGUCGCUCCUGAAGGAGUCGCUGGGAGCAGGGGAGGCUGUCGACUCGUCUCUAAGGCACAUCGACCGCUCCCUUCGCAACUCUGCUGCAGCUGCCUCUGCAGCCGCAGCUGCCGCCGCCGCCGCCGCUGCUGCUGAUGGUCCCUCUGGUGCUUCUGGUGCUUCUGUUGGUGGUACUGGUGCGGGUGGGAAUGGUGGUGGGGCUGGGAGUGGUGCUGCUACUGCUGCUGGUGGGGGUGGUGGUGGGGGCGAGGGAGCAGCAGCAAAGGUGUCUGCAGGGUCAGGGAAGGUUGCUGGUCGACCUGCUGAUCCACGGGCCAAGGCAGCAGGAGUGAAGAGAGCGAGGGGUGCACCUGCUGACACAGGGGCUGCUGCAACCCCACCAGGCACCACCACAGCCACCGCUGCCGGUGCUGCUGGUGGCACUGCCUCCGGUGCCCGUGGUCCCGAUGCUGCUGCUGCUUCUACUGCGGCAGAUGCAGCUGCUAACACAACCGGCGGUGCUGCCACAGGUGGUGCUGCUGGCGCCCGUGCAUCAGAGGCCGUUGAUGACGCUGCAACACGAGACUCCAAGCGCAUCCGACCGUCCACGUCUGCCCAAGCCAGCACAGCCACUCCUGCUGGUAAUGCACCAGCAACAGCAGCAGGAGCAGGACGAGCAGGAGGAGACGGGAGCACAGCCGCAGCAGCAGCAGCGGCAGCAGCAGCAGCAGCAGCAGCAGAGGCAGUAGCCGUGGACCCAUCAGCAGCCACUCUGCCAGUGGAGCAGCUGGUAACCCUACUGAGUGCGCUGGUGGCGCGGGGCAGCGAGGGCAUGCUAGCUGUAGACGCACUCAUUGCCUCGCUGCCCCCCGGCAUGCUGGCCGACCUCGUCAUUGAGUUCAUGCAGCACCUCCCUCCCUCUCCCCCUCCCGCUGCUUCCGCUGCUGGCGCUGCUGGCGGUGCCGAAGGCACUGCUGCUGGUGCUGGUGCUGCUGGUGAUGGUGCAGGUGCAGGUGGUGGUGGUGGUGGUGGUGAGGAGGGAGUGGUGGAUGGUGAUGGGAAGAGGGAGGCUAGCAGGGGGGCAGCUCGUCGCCAUGACCCUCGAAGAGUGAAGGCGAAGGCAGAGGACAACACUGAUGGUGGUGCUGCUGCUGUAGCAGGCACAGUGAAGGAUGAGCAAGGGCUACAGCCGCCGCUACAUCCGACAGCAGACAGGACAACAGACGCCACCCGCCCCAAACCAGAAGACGCCGCCAUGCAGACCGACCUCUCUGCGUCCACUGCUGCCGAUACAUCUUCUAUUGUGCUCACUACUACCACUGCUGCUCCUUCUGCUGCUGCUGCUGCUAUCUCUGGUGCGUUGGUGCCGGUACCGUCCACCCCUGUGGGCCCUCCAGCCACUCCUCUCUCUCCCCGCCUUGCAGCCUACCUCUCCGUCCCUCGCACACCCAUUGCCCUCGUUCCGCUCUCGCCCCCCCAGCUGGCAGCAGCGCAGCAGGCAGCGGUGUGCAGAGUGGUGGGAGGGGGGUGCAGAGCGGUGCUGCUGGGUGAAGCAGGGUUGUGGGUGGUGCUGCUGGUGGGCAUGGUGAGAGGAGCAGAGGAGGAGGAGCAGCAGCAGCAGGUGCUGGAUUCGCUGCUGAACUACCUGCUGGCAGACUACAACCGGGUCAAGGGCUCGCACGUUGUUGUGCUCUCCGUGCUGCAUGCUCUCGCACUGGGCUGGACCUCUCCUCCCCUCCCUCCUGAGAAUUCCCAUAUGGACUAUUUCUUACUCCUACCCCUUGCCCCCCGUCAUUCCCGUUUCCCCACACACCAGGGCUCUCAACCCUUUACACUGUUGUCCCGCUCACCCACCCCACCGUUCUUUCCCUUUCCUCUCCCCCUAUCCCCCUUUACUCCUCAUCUGCUCCCGGUCCCGGGCCUAUUUCGCUCUUACCCCGCCAUACCCCCCCCCGUACCCACCCUGCAGCUGAGAUCCCUCCUCUCGCCCUCAUCCGCUGCUGCUGCUGCUGCACCGGGCGGCCUCAAGUCCCUCCUGCUGCCUCUCUUCGUGGAAGCACCCUUCCUCCCACCCGCGCUGCUCAACCUGCUGGGGCAGGCGUGUGGAUUGGAGGGGCUUGGACGGAAGGAGGGUGAUGGGGGGAUUGGGGGCGGAAGGGGGUCUGAGACUGGAAGGAAGAGGAGAUUAGAAGAGAGGGGAGAUGGGGAGGAGGAGGGGGGAAACACACGGGAGGUGGAAGGAGGAGGAGAGAGGGGAGGAGGGGAAGGCGAGGCAGGAGGAAAAGGGGAGGGAAGAGAGGGAGGAGAGGCAGGAGAGGGGAGAGAUGGGGGAGAGGGAGGGGAAGCAGAAAACGAACCGGAGGGACCAAGAUCAGAAGAAGAGCUGAAGCGAGUGAAAGAGUCCCUCGUAGUCCUCUGGCGGCUGCUGGUCCUACGCCCGCCCGUGCGCAGGCGAUGCCUAGCCAUGGCGCUGCAGUGUGCAGUGCACCCGCACGCGGACAUCCGCUCCAAGGGCGUGGCACUGGUGGCCAACCGCCUGCACGCCCUGCCCUACCUCACCCUGCCCAUCGAGCGGUAUGCGCUCAAGCAGCUGCUGUCGCUGCCUGGCUUGGCGCUGCCGGCACCUGCUGGUGCUGCUGCUGCUGCUGCAGUUGCCGGUGCUGCCUCUGCUGCUGGGGCUGGUGCUGCUGGUGGUAGUGAUGCUGCUGGUGCUGCGGGUGGUGCGGGUGGUGCUGAUGGGAAGGAAGGAGUGGGAGGGGAGCAAGGGGGGGUAGCAGGGGAAGCGGGGCAGGCAGGCGAGGGAGGGGCAGCAGGGCAAGCAGGUGGGGGUGGGGGAGGGGGAGCGGCGCAGCUGUCAGGGGAGCAGCAGAAGGCAGUGGGGCACGAGGUGGAGAGGCGACUGGCACUCUUCUGUGCGCUCUGCUCCCGGUGUACCACCCUGCUCGCGCACGUUCCCUUCCGGUCACACUCCCAUCACCUCCCCUCUGCUUUUCCGUUCACAGAGGCAUCCCUACUGGCGGAGUUCUUCCGGGUAUUCGGGCAAGUCAACCCCAUGGCCAAGCGGGUCAUACCCGUGAGACCAUCCCUACUGGCGGAGUUCUUCCGGGUGUUCGGGCAAGUCAACCCCGUGGCCAAGCGGGUCAUGCUGAGAGACCUGCUGCCGCCCAUGCUCGCCACACUCCCCCCCACCACGCCCGACCUCCUCACACUCAUCUCCAACCCCCCAGAGGGUUCAGUGCGCCUACUGCUCAAGCUGCUGCACUGUGUGGCGGACACACCGCGCCCGUCCGCCCCUCCCCAGCCCUUCAUUGCUGCAGUCAAAACCCUUUCUGCUGCCAGGCCUGCGGAACCUGAACUCCUCAUUCCCAUCCUGCCCUUCCUCUCCAAAAACGAGGCACUGGAGGUGUUUCCCCGCCUGCUGCAUCUGCCUCUGGAGCUCUUCAAAAUCGCCCAGGACCGGCUGCUGCAGGUGAGAGUGAGGCAGGGUGGUGCAGGUGAGAGGGAGAGAGCUGUGCAGGGCUCCCCUCACACGCCGCCACCGCUAACAGCAGUGGAGCUCAUGACAACACUGCAUGCCGUGCAGCCCAAGAGGGACAACGUGCCGCUGAAAAAGAUCAUGGCCGUGUGUUCCUUCUGCAUCUCCCAGCGCGCCAUCUACACACAGCAAGUCAUUGCCAAAGUGCUCAACCAGCUGGUCGGACAGACGCCCCUCCCCAUGCUCCUCUUCCGCACCGCCAUGGAGUCUGUUGCAGCCUUCCCUGACAUUGCAUCAUUUGUGGCGGACAUUCUUUCGCGUCUCAUAACCAAACAGGUGUGGAGAGCGCAUCCUCAGCUGUGGCUGGGCUUCAUUAAGUGCUGCCUCGUUACAAAGCCACUCUCCUUCCCUGUUCUCCUACAACUGCCAGCAGCACAGUUGGAGGAUGCGCUGAAUCGAGAACCAUCGCUGCGCCCCGACCUCGCAGCACAUGCCGCGCAACCAUCUGUGCAGCCCUCCGUUCCCCGGUAUGCACUCUGUUUUUAG